AUGGCAUCAGUAACACAUGCCGAGUUUGGAGCAAACACUGAAGGUGUCGAGGUAGCCAAGGCAUUUGCCGACGGGGUACGCGGAAAAACCAUCCUAGUUACGGGAGGAAAUAAAAACGGACUGGGAUUUUCUGCCGCACACGCACUGGCAUCCCAAUCUCCAAAGCAGAUUAUAAUCACCGGUCGAAACGUAAACAGGGUUCAAGAGUGCAUCGAUGCUAUCAAGAAGGACUUCCCUGAUAUCGACUAUCGCAUCCUGCAAGUCGACCUCUCCAGCCAAGAAUCAGUCCGCAAAGCAGGCGAAGAAGUCCUCUCCUGGCAAGAUGUACCGAAGAUCGAUAUUGUAAUCAACAGUGCUGGUGUAAUGGGCAUCCAGGAACGCACUUUGUCAAAAGAUGGAAUUGAACUGACAUUUGCCACUAACCACAUUGGACACUGGCUUCUCUCAUGUUUGAUUAUGCCCAAGCUCAUCAAGGCGGCCGAAACAAAUCCAAAGGGAGCAACAAGAAUUGUAAACGUUACAUCUGGGUCACCGUUCAUCUCAGGCAUGCGAUGGAGUGACAUGACCUUUGACAAGAAGAACAAAGACCUACCCGAGGUGGAGCAGCCCGUAUACAAGUUCUUUGAAACCUGGGGCUACAAGGACUCAGACCAGGUCGCCUAUAUUCCACUAGAUAGCUACAACCGCAGCAAAGUGGCAAAUGUGCUGUUUGGCAUUGGCGCAAAUAAGCGGCUCUUUGACAAGUAUGGCAUCCUGACGCUGGCUGUACAUCCUGGUGUCAUUACAACGGACCUUGGUAGGAACUUUCCGGAAGAGACUCUCGACGCUGUCAAGGAGAUGAGCAAGAAUGGAACGUUUACAUAUAAGAGUCUUGGUGCAGGGUCAUCCACGGCAAUGGUUGCGGCUUUGGACCCAAAACUAGCUGUUGGUGUUGGCGAAACUCAUAAUGACAGUGAGAACUGGGGAAGCUUCAUGGCUGAUUGCCAGAUUACGGGUAAGGCGAAACCUCAAGCAGUUUCUAGUCAGGAGGCAGAAAAGCUAUGGGAUGUUUCUGAGAAGCUCGUUGGUCAGAACUUCUCUUGGUAA